AUGAGUNACGACGACUGCGAGAAGAAAGUGGUUCGGAUGCUCCUCAAGCUCUUGGACGACAAGAACGGAGAGGUGCAGAACCUGGCCGUCAAGUGCUUGGGUCCGCUCGUCAACAAAGUGAAGGAGAUUCAGGUGGAGACCAUUGUGGACACCCUCUGCUCCAACAUGAUCUCCAACAACGAACAGCUGCGCGACAUCUCCAGCAUUGGGCUCAAGACCGUCAUCUGCGAGCUGUCGCCCCACUCGACGGCGUUGGUGUCCACCAUCUGCAAGAAGAUCACCGGCCGGCUCGCGAACGCCAUCUCACAGCACGACGAUAUGGGUAUACGUCUGGAAGCGCUUGAGAUACUGUCGGACCUACUGAACCGAUUCGGCAGUCUUUUGGUCUCAUUUCACGCCAACAUUCAAGACUCACUCAUUCCGCAGCUGUUGUGCCAACGGCUGGCCGUCCGCAAGCGGGCCAUCACUGCCCUCUCGUACCUAACGAUGUGUUGUUCGCAAGCCUUGUAUAACAGAGUCAUUGAGUUUCUCAUCGAAGAGUUGUCCGCAAACGUCAGUGACAUCAACAACGCCAAGACAUACAUCCAAUGCAUUACAGCCAUCAGCCGGCAGUCGGGCCACCGGUUCGGCGAACAUCUCGAGCGAGUGAUGCCUUUAAUCAGUCGUUUC